CUCUGAUGGGCGGACAGACGAAAGAUUUCAUUGGCCACCACCGCAUUUUCAUGACGAAAAAUUCUUUCGUCGCAACUCAAAAUCGAUGUGAGUCACCAUGACGAUACUAUUAUAAAUAGCUCCCAACAUCUUUCCUUUAUUAUUAUCUAUUUUUCUAAUAGAUAAUAAGCCUGGACCAACCAAGCAAGCAUCAUGUCAGCUUCGAUAGGCAAUGCUGCCACAGCCAUCAUGAAGCGACGAGGGGAUCUACCGUGGGCCGCGGGUGGUUGGAUUUUCUUUGUGGCGGAAAAUGCUAUACUAUCCGAGAAUCGCACCUGGCUGAUUGCCGAGUUGGGAGAUGAUCGAUACCACCUCGUCUACGGAACAUUGUCCACCAUUGCCACGGCAUCCAUUGGAUAUUCCUUUGUGCGAUUGCGACGACAACAUAAAAUUCCAGAGUCGACCUUGCGAUUGGUACCUCGAUCGCCCAUGGUAUUUGGCGGUGCCUGGGUCGUCUUGACGCUGGGUCUCACCAUGGCCACGCAGGGCCUUCCCAAGUUUCAAAUUCCCGUGGGAAUGUCAAGUGAACAAAAACUACAAGUCCGAUGUCCGUUUGAUUUCAAAGAACCACCACGGCCCGAUCAUUCGCUCUACGGGAUGGAACGCGUCACACGACACCCCGGAUUGUGGUCUUUGGGAUUGGCCGGAUUGGGACAGGCACUGCUGAUCCCACCGGCGGCCCUGCCACUCAAAAUUUGGUGGUGUGGACCCGCUCUCGUGGCGUGGCUCGGUGGUGCCCAUACCGAUAGUCGCUUUCGACGAAACAUGGGAGGAACUCUUGAUCCCAUGAUGGAUGCACAAACCAGCAAUAUUCCAUUUGGUGCCAUGAUGAUGGGACAACAAGGAAAUCCGGCCACGUCCUUCCAAAAUUUAGUUACGGAAGAGUUGAAACCAUUAAAUGCCGUCAUGGCAGCCGCUGCAUCCACCGUGUGGGUGGUCUUGCAGGCAAGGCGGUUUCGUAUACGAUAGAUAGAUUAAUAGAAGAACUUUCGAACACAAGAUAAAUCAAUACUGUAGAAAGAAGUGAAGGUUCCACUAAUAGCUAGCUAGCUAGUCCA